CGUGCAGUUAACGAUCCGUUCUGACUUAGUGUCAGAACUGAAUUUGGUUUGUCGAGAUCUUGAUGUGACAAAAUUCCACCACUGCGUGUGCGGAAGUAAUGCAGCCGUAAGAAUUGCAAACCGGCCAAGCAGCUUGCAGGAAUGUACAUUUAAUAUGAGUGACGCCAGCAAUAAACGAACCUCCAUGUAAUUUAGGACGUUUUGAUGCUAAGGAUCGCCGAAAAACGUUUAAAACUUUCCAGUUUGCUGUAAUUGCCUUAGUAUGUGCUUUGUUGUGCCAGCUUUGUUAUCGUGUAUUGCAACCAGAGCAGCGUUUAUGCCACCUCCUCCAUCUUAUGGAUUGAGAUGCGAUAUCGCUUGUGAAAAUCAACCUACGAAUAGAGGCGAAGGAAGCCGCUAUAAUGGUAAAGAUAAAGAAAGACCAAAUCUUGAACUGGCAGCUAGAAGUCAACAUGCCGAAUAUAAGAUGAUUUUGAACGAUUAUGCGCCUUGGAAAUUCAAUGAGGAAGAGGAGAAGUGUUUUGAUGCAUUUUACGUCCGAACGAAGCGUGGUCAUGAUAUCGCCUGCCUGUACGUGAAGUGUAACGCGAACGCAAAGUACACAAUCUUAUAUUCGCAUCCAAAUGCAGUUGAUUUAGGAAUAUUAUCUGGAUAUCUGCUUGGCUUAGGGCAAGAAAUCAAGUGUGAUAUUUUUGGAUAUGAUUACGCAGGCUAUGGAUGCAGUAGCGGGAAACCAAAUGAACAAAAUAUAUACGCAGACGCAGAAGCGGCAUACAAAGCUUUACGUGAAAAAUAUAGCAUUCCAAGGGAGAAAAUCAUAUUAUACGGUCAAAGUAUUGGAUCAGUACCAACAAUAUAUCUAGCAAGUAUACACUCAGUGGCCGGUGUUAUUCUUCACUCUGCGUUUAUGUCUGCCAUUAGGAUGUUAUUCCCGAAAAAGAUUCGAACAAUGUGUGAUCCUUACAACAAUUUAGAGAAAGUCCCGAAAAUUACUUCACCAGUGUUAGUCAUACAUGGCACGAAAGACGAUAUUGUUAAGAUAAUCCACGGUGAAAGGAUAUAUAAACAUUGUAAGAAUCCCCUUCCACCGCUAUGGAUACACGGAGCUGGUCACAAUGACGUGGAGCGGUACGAGCCCUUCAUAAAACGCUUGAAGCAACUUGUGUCUGGUGAACUGGAUGGAUGUGGCAAAAACGGAUUUUUUCAGCGAAAUCAAGAACGACCACAAUGAAAAUGACUAUGAAAAAUGCUGUUAGUUUUAAAAUCUACAAAACGCUUGGAAAAAAAUCUAGAAAACAAGACUCUUAAGGUUUACAGAAAUAAAAUAUUAUUUAUCCAAAUUAUA